UCCCUCCUUCUCUGCCUGUCCCUUCGCUGGAGGGAGCCAGGCUGCGCUCCGAGGGGGAGCCAGGCGGCAGUGCGGGCACGCUCGUCUCGGGAACUGGCCGGCGUGGAGAGGAAGGAUCCAGGUCCGCACUGCUCUAGAUAGCUGUGCCCAGCUGUCCCCUCUCGCCAUGUCCCACAGCAGGCAUCGUGCCGAGGCCCCGCCGCUGCAGCGCGAGGACAGCGGGACCUUCAGUUUGGGCAAGAUGAUAACAGCUAAGCCUGGGAAAACACCGAUUCAGGUAUUGCACGAAUACGGCAUGAAGACCAAGAACAUUCCAGUUUAUGAAUGUGAAAGAUCCGAUGUGCAAAUACACGCGCCCACUUUCACCUUCAGAGUAACCGUUGGUGACAUAACUUGCACAGGUGAAGGCACGAGUAAGAAGCUGGCGAAGCACAGAGCUGCAGAGGCUGCCAUAAACAUUUUGAAAGCCAAUGCAAGUAUUUGCUUUGCAGUUCCUGACCCUUCUAUGCCUGAUCCAUCCAAACAGCCAAAGAACCAGCUAAAUCCAAUCGGCUCAUUACAGGAGUUGGCUAUCCACCAUGGCUGGAGACUUCCUGAAUAUACCCUUUCCCAGGAAGGAGGACCUGCUCAUAAGAGAGAAUAUACCACGAUUUGCAGGCUAGAGUCAUUCAUGGAAACUGGAAAGGGGGCAUCAAAAAAACAAGCCAAGAGAAAUGCUGCUGAGAAAUUUCUUGCCAAAUUUAGUAAUAUUUCUCCAGAGAACCACAUCUCUCUAACAAAUGUGGUUGGACAUUCCCUAGGAUGUACUUGGCACUCCUUGAGGAAUUCCCCUGGUGAAAAGAUUAACCUACUGAAAAGAAGCCUCCUCAGUCUCCCGAACACAGAUUACAUCCAGUUGCUUAGUGAGGUUGCCAAGGAGCAAGGCUUUACCAUAACAUAUUUGGAUAUAGAGGAGCUGAGUGCCAAUGGACAGUAUCAGUGUCUCGCAGAACUGUCCACCAGUCCUAUCACCGUGUGUCAUGGCUCAGGCAUCUCCUGUGGCAACGCACAGAGUGACGCUGCUCACAACGCUCUGCAGUACUUAAAGAUAAUAGCGGAAAGAAAGUAGGAUCGCAGCAGCUUAGGAAACCUUUCCGCAGCAUAUAAGAAGUUUCCCUUUCACCUCUUACCCAGUGAAACGAUGUAUGUCUGCGUAGCCUUUCCAAAUCUCUUCAGAUUCCAUCAACUUUCCGGAUUUAAUUGUCUCCUGGUAGUUGUCAUUAAGCUCUUUUUAAUGGCUACAACUUUGUAUUGGUCUAUUGUAUUUAUAAACUUUGUACCACAAGGCUGAGGGUGGCACCCAUUUGACAGGAUCAGGCACACAGGAUGAACCUGCAUGUUUGACUGUGACAAUGAGGAGAUAAACGGACUGCUGGCAACAGUCUUACUGGUGCUUAAACUCUUUUGUGCAAGGCUUUUGUGAGGUGGAUUCUGAGGGAGCCCUUUACUAGAGCGUUGAGGCUUGUGUGGCAUGUCACUGAUACAUUUCAGGGAACAUGGCUGUCUGCUAUGUAUUUAAAACCAUGGAAUAAAGAGCUGUUCUUAUAA